AUGAGCUUCCCCUUCGACUGCGAGUCUCCGUUCCUGUUUGCCGUCUACCACUUGGACCGCUACCCUCCCGGCAAACCGGACAUGACGCCAAAUGCAUCCCUGAAGGGACACCGGAUGGGUGCGGACUUCGGGCACCCCUCCGGUUGGAACAUGUACCACGGGGAGGAGAUCCCCGGCUUCCCGAAGCACCCGCACCGCGGCUUCGAGACCAUCACGGUGACCAGACGUGGUUGGGUGGACCACACCGACUCUUUGGGCAAUGCUGGGCGCUUUGGUGGGGGGGACGUCCAGUGGAUGACUGCUGGCGCUGGCAUCAGCCAUGCCGAGAUGUUCCCCUUGCUCAACCAGGAGUCAGAAAAUGUGCUGGAGCUCUUUCAGAUCUGGAUCAAUCUGCCCAAGCGCAGCAAGAUGGUGGAACCUAGCUUUAAGAUGCUCUGGGCAGAGGAUCUAGCAACAGUCCACCUGGCCGACGGAACAGAAAUCGCCUUGAUCGCAGGCUCCCUACCAGGGUUCGGCUCGCCGCCGGCCCCGCCACCGAAUUCCUAUGCGUCGGAUCCUGCAUCAGAUGUUAUGGUCCUAACGCUCAAGAUCCCAGCCAAAGGAUCUUGGACGCUCCCAGCCUAUGCGGGAGCCGGAGUGUCAGGGCUGAACAGGAAUGCAUACAUUCACACCGGAACGAAAAGCAAAAUCGGUGGGCAGGUCAUCCAUGGCCAAAAGCGUCUGAAGCUGCGCCCAGAUGCAGACACCGAGAUCGCUGCCGAGGACGGGCCAAUUGAAGUCCUCGUUCUGCAAGGCCGCGACAUCGGGGAGCCUGUUGUUCAGCAUGGGCCCUUCGUCGGCAACAGCCGCGAGGACAUCUCCAAGGCUUUCCGAGACUACCAAUCGACGGAAUUUGGAGGCUGGCCAUGGAAGUCAAGCCAGGCCGCCGAGGAAGCCGAGGCCAAGCUGGCUGCCAUGGCAGCGGAGCUGCAGAGGCAGCAGGACCGGCUCAGCGUGACUCGAGAGCCGGUGAAGGAGGCUUUCGCCCUCACAAGUUCGGAGGAGCCAGGGCCAGGAAGGUCUUCGGAUGGCGUCUGGCAGCGGCUGCUCCAAGAAUCUUUGCGUGCAGAACAGGCUGAGCUUCGGCUCCUGGAAGCCUCCACUGACGGAGUCGAAGCUCGAAAACGGGGCCUCCAAGACUCUCUGAAGGUGGCGCUCUCCAAGCUGGAGGAUCUGAAGCGACAGCUCGAGGGCGAGCGCAUCGCCAAAGCGGAAGCGCAGAAGAUGUGGGCAGAUGCACAGCGCGAGGAGCAGUCGCGCGUCCUGCGGAAACUGCGGAGCCACGUUCAGGCCUUGCGGUGCUGGAACUCCCAGGUGCGUCUGAGGCUGCUGAAGCUGGCGAAACGGUGCGACAAAUCCGACAAAUGCAGCGACAGCCUCCGAGCCAGAGCCGGAGCCGAGUUGGAGGGGCCGGGGCCGGGGCACCUCCGCCGGAUCUCCGGGGCCACCGGGGUCGCAGCCUCUUCCACGGAGACGAAGAGGACGCUGGAGCCCGAGAAGGCGGCCUUCGAUCUGAACUGCUGGCAUCAGGCCUUGCGCGGGCUGAGACAGGCCCUGCAGCAGGCCGCGGCCUCGCAAGCCGUGGAGGACAAGGUGGAGAAGGCUUUGGAGGUUUCCCUUUGGGAGGCCGAGAAGACGUGGGAGGAGGUGCUGUCACUCGUCCAGAGAGCUCGAACCCCUGCCGCGGUAGCGACAGCAGAGGGCCUGUCGGACGCAGCGAGCGUCGACGAAAUUGCGAGAGCCUCGGUGGAGGCGGAGAAGACGGCGGCGGUGCGCGCUGCCCAGGAGACUUUUCGAGAGGGACUCGGGGAGCACGCUGGUCAAGGCAGUGCGGAGCCCGUAGAGCCCUUUGAGCUCGAGAGGGAGCUGCUUUUGGAGGAGGCUCGAGAGGAGGAGGCUCGAGAGGAAGAUCGGCACCGCGAGCUGGAGCUGGCUCUGCUGGUGGCCCGACGUGAAGAUGAGGAGCUCGAGGCGCAGGCUGCCAAGCAAGCUGCAGAGAAAGCGGCCGAGGCGGUCAUGACCUGGCGCAGUCAGGACAUCCGCGAGCUCUGCCGCAAGAUUUGCCAAGAGAUGAGCCAGUCAUUGCUCCUGCAGUUGCAGAACCUCUGUGAGAGUGCUGCCGACCAUCCCGACAUCUUUCAGAAGCAGAUGGAGGAGAUCCGGGAGCUCAAGCAGGCCCACUCAGCAAUCUCUGCCGCGCAGGCGCAAGCUCUGGGUAGUGCCGAUCUCUUGGAGGCGGAGCUGCAGGCUGCUUGGGUGGGAACAGUGGCAGCCAUCGAGGAAGUUCAGGCCUCCAACAAGGAGCUGGCGAUGGAGCGGGACCGCUGUCGCCUCGCUCUCGAUGCUCUGCGGGCACGAACGGACGCUGUUGAGGAGGCGGCUGCCUCUCUUUGGGCGCUGCAGGGCGAGGCCUCACUGAGCGUACCAGGUGGCCGAUGGCACGACAGGUUUCGCAGCAUCAGCGAGUGGUACUCCGCCGCAAGUGAUGCGCUUCACUCCUGUAUGCUCUGA